GGAAGUGAGCUCAUGGAAUAAACACUUCAAUAAAGAGUUGUUGAUUAAUUGAGGUCACAGCUGUGCUUUAAUCCAGCAGUGUGUGUGUGUACCGGUGUUUAUAAUAAGCAAUGCUGCUGUUUACUGUCCGCUGCCGUGUGUUUUUAACGCGGUGCUUAAAGGCGGAGAGCGGAGUGCAUAGGUUCGAGUCCCACACACACACAGCAACAACAACAAAACCGAAAAACUUCACCGACUACAGCAGUCUGCUGCUCUUACCCAAACCACACGCUCCUCCUGUCUUCAACUUCUCUAAAGAUGUCCUGGACGUUUGGGAAACUAGAGAAAAGGCAGGUGAAAAGUCGUCUCGGCCUGCUCUGUGGUGGGUUAAUGAUAGAAAUGAAGAAAUCAGAUGGAGUUUUGAGGAACUGGGCUUCUACUCUAGACGACUAGCUAAUGUUUUGAUUGAUGAAUGCCGUUUGGAAAGAGGAGAUCGAGUCCUUCUCAUCCUGCCGAGAGUCCCAGAGUGGUGGCUCGUCAAUAUCGCCUGCCUCAGAACAGGUACAGUUCUGAUCCCUGGAACAUCUCAGCUUACAGCCCGAGACAUCCUGCACCGUUUGCGGGUCUCCCAAGCAAAGUGUCUGAUCACAGAUGAGAGUAUGGUGCCGCUAAUGGAGGCUGUGACUCCACAGUGUCCUACAUUAACCUCGAAGCUUCUACUUUCCAAAAAAGAGCGACCAGGCUGGGGCAACCUUACAGCAUUAAUGGGGAGGGCUUCUGCUCAACACGUGUGCGUGGACACGAGGAGUGACGAACCCAUGACCAUCUUCUUCACCAGUGGAACCACCGGGCCUCCCAAAAUGACAGUUCACAGCCACUGUAGCUAUGGCUUGGGGCUCACCUUCAAUGGCAGGUACUGGUUAGAUCUUGAUGACAGCGAUGUGUUUUGGAACACCUCGGAUACAGGCUGGGCUAAAUCUGCAUGGAGCAGUGUAUUUGCCCCGUGGACUCAGGGAGCGUGUGUGUUCUCACACAAUAUGCCACGCUUCAACACCGACACUGUCCUCAAGACACUCUCUAAGUAUCCCAUCAACACUUUCUGCACUGCUCCAACAGCUUAUCGGAUGUUGGUACAGGAAGCUCCAUCCAGGUUCCAGUUUCAGUCUCUGGAGCACUGCCUGUGUGCAGGAGAGCCCAUUAACCCUGAGGUGAUGAGUAAAUGGAGAGAGCUCACCGGCCUUGAUAUCUACGAGGGAUAUGGGCAAACCGAGACUGUUUUGAUUGCUGGUACAUUUAAAGGUAUGGAAAUUAGACCUGGUUCUUUUGGCAAAGCAUCACCAGCUUAUGAUGUACAGGUUAUAAAUGACGAAGGAAAUAUUGUUGCUCGGGGAACAGAAGGAAAUCUGGCUAUCAGAGUGAAACCAGAGAGACCGUUCUCGCUCUUCACCGAGUACAUGGGAGAGCCGGAGAAAACAGCGGAGUGUUUCUGUGGUGAUUUUUACCUCACAGGCGAUAGAGGGAUAAUGGACAAGGAUGGAUAUCUGUGGUUUGUCGGCAGAGCCGAUGAUGUCAUCCUGUCUGCAGGAUAUCGUAUUGGCCCAUUUGAGGUGGAGAACGCUUUAAUAGAACAUGAAGCUGUGGCUGAGUCAGCUGUGGUCAGCAGCCCUGACCCAGUCAGAGGAGAGGUAGUGAAGGCAUUUGUAGUGCUUACUUCAGAAUAUAAACACGCAGACCAAAAUGAACUAAUCAAACAACUGCAGACACAUGUGAAGAAGGUCACAGCCCCAUAUAAAUACCCCCGCAAGAUUGAGUUUGUGGACCAGCUUCCCAAGACAGUGAGUGGUAAAAUCCGGAGAGUGGAGCUGCGGAAGAAGGAAUGGGGACUGCCAUAACUCUGUCAUUAUUCACACUUCAAAUACAGGCAAUAUAAUCCACAGAACUGGGCUUGGAUUCCAGUGAUGACUCAACCUCAUUUUAAACAUAUUGGGGGACACAGUGUCAUUUAUUAUAGGGCUAGUGAACAUGAGUUUAAAUUCCAGUUCAGGUUAUGUAGUGAUCUGAGAAUUAAGGCCAAGUAUCAUCUGGACUGCUAUCUGAAUUUCCUCAAGUUAUUUCAAACAUAAGGACAACAUAUAAAUUUUGUCAGGUAUGAAUAUUUUAAUCAAGGCCAGUCUUUGUCUUAGUAAAUAAUAUAGAUGUUUGUACACUAUAUUAAAGAAAUAUUUCAGCAUUUUCAACCUAAUAUUCAUCUAUCACAUCUUUAGCACAUGUGAUUUCCACAGACAAGUAUUUCAGCACGUUUCCCGAUACUAAGAACUGAUAAUCUGUGGAUGUGGAACUCCUUUCGUAAUGUCUGGAGUGUAAUAGCUUUUAAAUUUGCUUAAUUUGUCAGUUCAGCUUCAGUAAUAGCUUUAUUGUGCUCAGGGUUGCCUUGGGGCCAGAACCUGUCCUGGGACAUACACACACUCAUUCAGUCCUGGGGUAAUUUAGUGUAACCAGAAAACCUGGAUGAACCAACAUAGGAAGACCAUGCAGAGAGAACUCCUAAGUUCAGGAUCAAACCAUGGUGCUGUGAAGCGACGGUGCUACCUGCUGCGCCACCUCGCCACACAAUUUGCAUUAUAUAGUCACGUAUUUCAAAUGUUUAUUGACUGAAUUUAACAAGGGUCCUUUGACUUCCAGAGUAAGGGGUGUUUUUUUUUUAAAUAUACCAGCAAAAGUCAAUUCUUGUCUUUGGUAAAUGCUCAGAAAGCUACACAGAUGUACAUAGAGGUUAGGUUGAAAAACACUGGAGUAUUCCUUUAAAUAAACUAUGCUAGGUGUUCAUGGUUCGUUUCCUAUGAAUAUACUAUUAUUUCAUCCUAAUAGCACAGACCAUCUUAAAUAACUGGGUGAGCUCUAGCUAAAUACUAGGGGGGAAUUAUCUGUCUGUCUGUCUGUCUGUCUGUCGCCGCUUAUCCUGUACAGGGUUGCAGGCAAGCUUGAGCCUAUCCCAGCUAACUAUGCACUGCAAAAAAUGGCCUUUCAAAAAUAAGAAAUAAAAGAUUAAAACAAAGCAUAUUUGCUUGAAUCAGGUGAAAAAAAAUCUGCCAAUGGAACUAGUCAAAUUUGACUUGGUAAGAUUUCUUAAAGUAAGAUGAAAAAUCUAACCUGUUUUUAGAUGAAAUAAUUCCAAAAUAAGAUUGGGGAACUUAUUAUGCGAGAUCUGAUUAACUCAAAAUAAUUCUAAUAACAAGAUCAUACUUCUUACAUUUAGCCAUUCAAGUCUCAUCUCAUCUCAUUAUCUGUAGCCGCUUUAUCCUGUUCUACAGGGUCGCAGGCAAGCUGGAGCCUAUCCCAGCUGACUACGGGCGAAAGGCGGGGUACACCCUGGACAAGUCGCCAGGUCAUCACAGGGCUGACACAGAGACACAGACAACCAUUCACACUCACACCUGCGGUCAAUUUAGAGUCACCAGUUAACCUAACCUGCAUGUCUUUGGACUGUGGGGGAAACCGGAGCACCCGGAGGAAACCCACACGGACACGGGGAGAACAUGCAAACUCUGCACAGAAAGGCCCUCGCCGGCCACGGGGCUCGAACCCGGACCUUCUUGCUGUGAGGCGACAGCGCUAACCACUACACCACCGUGCCACUGCCAUUCAAGUCAUUUUUAUUUAUUUCAUUUUAAGGGUAUUUCACUUAAAUUCAUGACAAAGUCUCAUUCAUCUCAUUAUCUCUAGCCGCUUUAUCCUGUUCUACAGGGUCGCAGGCAAGCUGGAGCCUAUCCCAGCUGACUACGGGCGAAA